AUUUUCCUUUGCCAAAACUUGCGCCUCUUCAGUUUUGGGGAAAACUGAAACUAGGUUUCUCGUUCUUGUUUUACUAAAGAAGACGUUGUUCUUGAAGUCUAUCUGGGUCUCAUCUUCCAUCUAUUGCCAUAGCUAAAGCUAAAGUUGUAGGUGCUGGAGCAAUACUGCGACCUGUUUCCAGUGGUAAACAGCCAAUGAUGAUGAAAAAUAUGCAUAUUUCUAAUGAUAGUGAAACUGCCGAUGUAAGCGCAAUCCUGCCUCCAGAAAAAAAGAGAAAGGGAAGAGGAAAGACAACAUGGCUUUCAACCCAAAAGAAACGUAAGGAAAAUGACAAUGGAAAGUUGAAGGUGAUUAUCCCACCAUAUCGAACAGUUGCAGUAGAUCCUGGAGCUAAAGAUUUUAUUACCGAGCUCUCAGUGAAUGUUCUCCAUAAUACUAGACAUGAUGUCAAGAAUUGGAAGGGAGUUCCUGAUCUAGCAAAGAAUAGGAUUGUUGCUUAUAUGCUGGACACCUUUCAGCUUCUGGACAUACAACACAAUCGGGAUACGAUUCUUCAAACAGCAAAAAAUUUAUAUCGAUAUCGUCGGAGUAGACAUCAUGAUCAUUUCAAGAAAUUUGCUACAAAAGAGGAGAGUCUGCAAAACAUACCAACAGAUGUUAAUGAAGUUGAAUGGAAAUUCUUGGUAGACUACUUCAGCUCUGAUGAUUUUAAGAAAAUGAGUGAAAGAAACAAAAAUAACAAGGCAAAACAAGAAGUGAAUCAUAUUUGCGGCAGAAAAAAAUUUCAAGCAGUGUCUUAUGAAGUGAGGGACACAACCACUGGAAAAGAGCCGAAUUUUCAAAAACUUUGGGAAAUAACUCACAUGAAGCCAAAUGGGCAAUGGGUUACUAAUGCUUCUGCUGAAGUGAAUGAUAAAGUGAAAGAUGUUGUUGCUGAAAAAAUUCAAGAAAUUGAAGAGGUUACCGAUGUGGAUCCUAUUAUUAAUGUUGCAUUUGUGCAAAUAAUGGGAGAAAAAUCAAAGUACAUUCUUGGUCAAUGAUCUUGAAUUAAGU